AGCGAGGGAGAGAGGGGUGAGUGUGUGUUUAUGUCUCAGUAUGUGACAAAUAGAAGCUGAGGUGCUCAGAGCUCCAGACAAAAACGUCAGCGUCAGGUCUCGGUCAGUGUGAAUGCGCGGCGCGGAGACGCAAAGGACCCGGACAUCACCAUCGGGAUAACUGUGGACCAACCUUUGUGUGAUUUGUCUCAGAAGGCCACUACACGGGAUUUAUACGACCAAACACCGCUCAGUUCACCAUGCAGAGACCGAGCGGUCCAGGGGCGGCGUUUUCCAUUGAUUCUUUGAUUGGCACUCCACAGCCCCGACCGGGUCACCUGCUCUACACGGGCUACCCAAUGUUUAUGCCAUACCGACCGCUUAUGAUUCCGCAAGCCCUCUCUCAUUCGUCGUUACCGUCGGGUAUCCCUCCGUUGGCACCGCUGGCAUCCUUCGCGGGGCGUUUGACUAACACUUUUUGCGCAGGGCUGGGGCAGGGGAUGCCCUCCAUGGUGGCGCUCACCACCACUCUGCCCAGUUUCUCGGACCCUCCAGAUAGUUUCUAUCCCCCGCAGGAGAUGCCAGGACCGCGUUUAAGCGCGGACGGGACAGGGAUCAGCCGGCAGGAGAGCCCACAUGAAGAGCUCAAAGGCGCGGAGCUCCUAAACUUCUCGGAAACUUUUCAGACGGUUGCAGGUGAAACCAAAUUGUACAGUUCGGAUGACGAGAAACUGGACCUGAAGUCCGCGGAAGCCGCGUGCAGCGACCGAGAGGACAGUUCGGCCGACAGCGAGAACGAAAGUUUCUCCGACGGGAACACCUGCGCGACCCAAAAAGGCAAACUGAAAGCCGGCUCAGACCCGUUGCCCCCGGGCGGUUCGGCGGGUAAGAGCCGGAGGAGACGGACUGCUUUUACCAGCGAACAACUACUGGAACUAGAGAAGGAGUUUCACUGUAAGAAAUAUCUGUCUCUCACCGAGCGCUCCCAGAUUGCGCAUGCGCUCAAACUCAGCGAGGUCCAGGUCAAGAUCUGGUUCCAGAACCGCAGGGCCAAAUGGAAACGGAUCAAAGCCGGCAACGUCAACAACAGAUCCGGGGAGCCCGUGAGGAACCCCAAAAUCGUGGUGCCCAUUCCGGUGCACGUUAACAGGUUCGCGGUUCGGAGUCAACAUCAACAGAUCGAACAGACGAGGCCGUGAACUUCUCCAUUGAAAUGACAUUAUCCUAAAAUGAACAUUGACAUGACCCGCAUUCCUACAGGUCUUGGGUGACACCUCACAAAUGCAUGUAGCACCUACAAGAAGACAAUUCCAGUAGCCUACUAUCUAGAAGGAUAUUCAAUGACUUCUAGGUAACACUUUGUUUGCUUUUAUUCAUUAUAUUGACAAAGUCAUUAACAAACACGAGGCCUGUGCAAUGCUUAACAGACACUGAGUUUAUGUACAUUGAAUAUACAAAGUGAUCUGUUAAACACUAUACAGUAUAAUAAUUGUUUUUGUAAAUGACGCAAUGAAAGUUAAAGAGUGUUACCAAGUUUAAAUACUUUCAUUAUUUCCCCGGGUUUAUUUUUUUCUCUCACCUAAAAUUUUAUUAUCUUUAAUUUAUUGUUUUGUACAUUUGUAAAUAUUAAAUGUGUCCUUGCGACACACAUGUGCACUAUGAAACGAGACUGUAAAGAGACAUUUUUAAAAAACAUAAGUAUUUAUAAGUUGCUGUCUAGUAGUGAGAGUUUUGCAUGUGUUGCCAUUUGUUGUCUGAUUUCCUCGUACCGUUUUCUCUUUGUUUCAACCAUUUUGCAUGUGCUCUUAAAAAACUUUUUGGCCCUUAGAGGCUUCAUUUCCCAGUUCUUUGUGAAAAAGGUGAUGGAAAUAAAUAAGCUACAGAAUACAGUGGAAGAGUGAUAUAUUCUCAUCGGCGUGACAAUAAAUAAUACACCCCAGAAAUGGUGCUAUAUUAUUAUUAUUAAUAAUUUAUAUCAAUAGUAAAAAGUUAAAAGGUUGAUAUUUAUAAUAAAGUAAUAUUUAUAGCACGUA